AUGAAUACAUUGUCGUCGUUCAUUCUUUACGAGCGAUUUUGGUUAGCAGGCAAUACAACUUGGCAGGAUUUUGCUCGAAUCGAAAGAGAGGAAAAUAUCAAGUUGACAAAUCCAAAUGAUCUUCUCUAUGUUUAUCCUUUGGCCGCUAUAAUUUCUGUGGUACGAAUGGUUUUCGAGAGAUAUAUAGCUAAACCGAUUGGUCGAUCACUUGGUAUUCAAGAUAGAGUUAAAAGAAAUACAACAAGAGAUAUGAAAACUACUGCAACAACAGUAUCAAGUCAUUCUACACCAAUAGAUGCAAAUCAAACAUAUAAACGAGAACAAGUAGACAGUAAUGAUAGUGGUUCAUCAGUGUCAACAGUUCGUUAUUCACGUAUUAGUCCAUUAGCUAAAUUUAGUGAAUCCUGUUGGCGUUUUACUUUUUAUCUAAUUGUAUUCAUUUACGGAGUUGUCAUACUUCUAAAUAAAUCAUGGAACUGGGAUACACGUCAUUGUUGGUUAGGUUAUCCUAAUCAACCUCUCACAGAAGACAUCUUUUGGUACUACAUGAUUGAACUGGCUUUCUACUGGUCCCUUUUAUUUUCACAAUUUGUCGACGUUAAACGAAAGGUAUAUAAGUACCAAAAUCGUUGUUUCUUUUUGUAAUAGAAAAUAUAUUUUCUUGAGCGUUUUUUUUUCUUGAUAGGACUUUUGGCAAAUGUUUCUUCAUCACGUAGCUACUAUAAUGCUUUUGUCUUUUUCGUAUAUUGCGAAUUAUGUACGUGUCGGUUCACUAGUACUUGUCAUACAUGACUGUGCUGACUAUUGGCUCGAGGUUUGUAUUUUGUCAAAUAAAUAUCUUUCUUUUUUCUCGUCUAAUCGAUUGCGUUUUUUAAUAGGGCGCCAAAAUGGGCGUCUACACACGAUCAAAACGGAUCAGUGACAAUAUGUUUAUGAUGUUUGCCAUCGUCUGGUUUGUUACUAGGAUCUGCUAUUAUCCGUAUAAGUAAGUCAACUAAAUUAUACAUUCACUCCAUUAAUCAUUUGCACUCUCUUUUAGAAUACUCUACACGACGUUAUUCGAAGGAGUAUCUAUUAUUCAACCAUGUCCUCCAGCUUAUUAUGUUUUCAAUGGACUACUGUCGGUUCUUUAUAUUCUUCACUAUUUCUGGUUCUAUUUCAUCUGUAAAGUAGCUAUCAAUGCAUUGAAGAGUGGCGAGGUACGAUGAUCAAUCUUCUUCUAAUGUUCAUCUAAAUUUGAGACUAUGAGAUAAUAUAUGGACAUGGAAGUUAGAAUAGGAGAGAAAACGAUAAUUUUCAUUCACUUGGAUGAGAAGGAAUUUAAAAACGAAACUUGAUAUUGCUAUUAUUUUUUCUUUUCGAUUUAUUGCAGGUGAAGGAUGAACGAAGCGACAGUGAAGAUAGCGAUGAUGAUGGCAAAAACAAAUGAUUCUCUAACGUUUCUUCCAACAAUCGAUGAUACUCAAGGUGGUUUCUAUUUUAUUGAAAUACAUAAUUGCUGGGAGACUGAUUCUUGUUUUUUUUCUACAAAUAUAUAGCCAAUGUUCCUAAUAAGAACAGCUAUCUUGACUGUGCGAAGAAUUUAUUUUUUCAUCCAGCAAUUUUAUAUGAAAAAAAAAACAUAUUUUUUUUAUAUUUUUGAGUGUAGAAUUGUUUUUUGAAUUGAAUGAUGCAAAAAACACUUUACUAUCUCAAAAAAUAAAAAAGCAAUUAGCGGUUAUUUACGAAGAAAUGAAUUUGUUCUUAUUAGGAGCGCUGGCCCUAAUAAAAACAGUAAGCUGAAAAAUGUUCCUAAUAAGAACACUCAGCGUAGAACGAGAUAAAUUUUAAAAAAAUUACUAAAUAAACUUUUUCACUAUCAAAAGUUGAAAAUUUUUGAAUACUUCUAUGACAAAAAUUGUUCCUUAUUAAUCAAGAAGCUUUAAUCCAGAGGUUCAAAUUAUUAUAAAUUAAAACAA